AUGCCCAUCGUCAAUAUACUAAAGCGAGCAUCGAGCUACAUCCUGGGCAGCGACGACGAUGCCGAGGACGGUAGCGGUACCGAGCUCGUCUACGAAGACAACGAAAUAUUGUUCUGUAAGAACAACAUUUGCGUCCAUCCGCCGGCCGUCGUGCGCCAGGAGUCGGACAUCCUGCACUAUCCCGGCUACCUGACCGUCACGACGAAAACGUUCAUCGACCAGUACAACAACGCAAAGCGACCGACCCUGUUCCUCACCUGGAUACCAAACUCCACACUACGCAAGUGCCCGUCGACGGUGGAGAAUGUGGGCCUGGGGCGUGCAGUUGGCAACGGAAUGGGUUUGAGCGAAAGCAAACUGAAGCUUCAUCUGCAGCACCAUCAGCAGCAGCAACAGCAGCUCUUGCUACAGCCAUCACCGAAGGAAAACGGACACGCAUCACAGCCAGCCAAGACUGCCAAUAAUGGGCAGGAGAAGGUCGCGGUUGGAGAGAACCCGUUUACAACGACCAAUAAGAUUGCCAACACGAACCCAUUCCUGGAGCCGUACAACGAAAGCAUCGCCCAGUCGGCCACAAGUGACAGCAAGUCGAUGAACUGCUCCGACUAUUCGGAAACGAUCAGUAUUAGCUCCAGCUCGGACAAGGCGAGCCUUUGCAACAGCAACGACUACGAUGCCCGCUACGGUGAGGAAGAGGAUGACGUGCAGGGGCAGCGGCAGGCAGAGGAGGAAGAAGAGGACGACGUUGACGAAGGUUGCGUAAUCAGCCAUUCGGGGGUGCCCGGAGACGAGCUGGGAGCAGAUGAUCAGGAAGAGCUGAAGACGGAACUACAACCACUGCUGGAAGCGGACGGAGGUGGCAGUAAACUUUCAGCCGGUUGCACUGGGUCCGGUUCCAAGCGGAAUCACCAUCACAAGCUGCCCUCGCUCUCGUCCCAGUCAUCGGUCACUUCGGUCAACAUCACGAUCGCGAGUCCGCACAUCCAGAAUUUGGAUCUAUCGCCACAGGAGGCAGCGAUGCCACCGACCGAGCGUUUCCUGCGCUCCCUUUCCGUCACCUCGAGCGACGAGAACAACCCGAACUGGAUGUCACCGGAGCUGCUGGCGUACAAGCACAAUCUCGCCUUCCCGGAGAGUGCAUCCGCGUCGCCAAUCGUCAGCCGGAAGGCACCGCCGCUCAAGUGUCGCCGGUUUUCGGUUGACCUGAGCCAGAUGCGUGCUCUGCGGCUGUUCUUCAACGACGAGCAGUGCACGUCUGGUCAGCUGGUGAUCGCUUCGCGCGAAUCGCAGUAUAAGAUACUGCACUUCCAUCACGGUGGGUUGGACCACUUGGCGCAGGUGCUACACCAGUGGCAUUGUCUGUUGCACAACAUCAAGCUAGCGCCGGCAACGGUCGGCGACGAGCGGACACCACCGCCGGCAAACAUGCCGUACCGGCAGUUUAUGGUAUGCCGACCAGAGGUGCGCCAGGCCGAACUGCACCCGGAGGAGGGCAAGGUAUGCCGCAUCACGACCGAUUACUUCUACGGUACGCUGCUGAACGAGAAGGGUCAAAUCGAGGACGAUCUGCAGCUUCGCAAGUGCGUGUUCUUUGGCGGACUCGACCGUGGCCUGCGCAAAACCGUCUGGCCGUUCCUACUGCACUGCUACAGUACCGGCUCGACGUUCGAGGAUCGGGCGGCUUUGGGGGAGAUUCGGCGCCAAGAGUACGAGGAGAUCACCCGGCGGCGCCUCUACUCGAUGUCACCGGAAGCGCAGGCCCAAUUCUGGCGCACGGUACAGUGCGUGAUCGAGAAAGAUGUGGUGCGGACGGACCGGGGCAAUCCGUUCUUUGCCGGCGACGACAACCCAAACAUCGACACCAUGAAGAACAUUCUGCUCAACUAUGCAUUCUACAAUCCGGGCAUGUCCUACACCCAAGGAAUGAGCGAUCUGUUGGCACCCGUACUGUGCGAGAUUAAGAGCGAAUCCGAAACGUUCUGGUGUUUCGUGGGGUUGAUGCAACGAGCGAUCUUUGUCUGUACACCGACGGAUAACGAUAUCGAUCGUAAUUUGUGUUAUCUGAGAGAAUUGAUACGUCUGAUGGUUCCUAACUUUUACAAGCACCUUCAAAAGCAUGCCGACGCGAUGGAAUUACUAUUUUGCCAUCGUUGGAUUUUGCUUUGCUUCAAGCGUGAGUUCACCGAAGCCGUCGCUAUUCGGAUGUGGGAGGCUUGCUGGUCCAACUAUCUGACCGACUACUUCCACCUGUUUCUCUGUCUGGCCAUCAUUGCCGUCUACGCGGACGACGUCAUUGCUCAAGACUUGCGCACCGAUGAAAUGCUGCUGCACUUUAGUUCGCUAGCAAUGUACAUGGAUGGACAAUUGAUUCUGCGCAAGGCCCGUGGGCUGCUCCAUCAGUUCCGGCAGUAUCCGAAGAUACCGUGCACGCUUUCUGGACUUUGCAAACGGUGUGGGCCAGGCAUGUGGGACUCGGGCCAUCAUCCGUCGAUCGAGUGCGUUGGUCAUCUGGACCACGAAACGUGCGCCCUGGCCAUGGACUAA